UGUGAAGUGAGUUAAAGUGAACUUGAGUGAAUAAUAACAAUCAUGCCGCCUAAGACAAGUGGAAAGGCAGCCAAAAAGGCUGGCAAAGCCCAGAAGAAUAUUACCAAGAAUGAUAAGAAGAAGAAGCGUAAGAGGAAGGAAAGCUACGCCAUCUACAUUUACAAAGUGCUAAAGCAGGUCCAUCCUGACACUGGAAUCUCGUCAAAGGCCAUGAGCAUCAUGAAUAGCUUUGUGAACGACAUUUUUGAGCGUACGCUGUCAGUGAAGGAACAAAGGCAGUUACCAAGUACACUAGCUCCAAGUAAAUCUUAG